UUUGUCUUUAUUCAAUCCAUUGCACUUCGUCUGCUUUUGCCUGUUUGUUGCACGGCUGAACGUGUUGUUGAACCCAAAAUCGGGAUAUUGGGAUAGAAGUGUCUCAGAUCUUCGAAUAAAGGGAGUUGGUUUGAGGUUGAGAGUUGAUUCAAUCAAGAUCCGGGAUGGCAAUCAAGGCUGCUAUCUUUGAUGUUGGUGGCGUUCUCAUCAAGAGUCCUCUCCACUAUCUGAUGCAACUUGCUGAGACACAUGGCUUGCCAGCGACUUUCCUGGUGAAUGUCUUAAGGAAAGGCGCUCCAGACAAUGCUUUCUGCAGAGCUGAGAGGGGAGACCUUUCCAUCUCACAGAUGCUGAAAGAACUGCAGAAGGAUUUCCAGCAAUCAGCCACAGAGACAAACACGGAGAUUCCCAAGACGUUCAGUCUCAAGCAGAUGAUUGGUGGAUUACAUAAACAGCCUCCUCAUACCGAGAUGAUCAAUGCUGUUGUCAACUUGAAGAAUCAUGGUUUGAAAACUUGUGUCCUGACUAACAACUUCAUCUUUGACUUGCCCUCUGGGUCUGAAGAACCAGACAGUGCCAACUUCCUGCUCAUGAUGAGGUUCAUGUUUGACGAGAUAAUUGAAUCUUGUAGGACUGGCCUGAGGAAACCUGAACCAGAGAUUUACAGCUUGGCUUGCAAGAGGCUUGGUGUUUCUCCUGAAGAAACCAUCUUUAUUGAUGAUCUGAAGGGUAAUCUGAAGAGCGCUAAGAAACUGGGAAUAAAUACCAUCUUGUUCAAGGAUCCUGAAUCAGCCCUUGCAGAGAUUCAAGAAUACACUGGUAUUGACGUGUUUCAGCCGGCAUCACCAAUUUCAGCUGACCCUGAUAAAUUAACUCACAGCUACGUAACAACAAAGGAUGGCAUCAAGUUGCAUUACGUUGAUAUAGGAGAAGGUCCGGUGGUCGUCCUGUGCCAUGGUUUCCCUGAAUCUUGGUACUCAUGGAGAAAACAGAUUCCUGCCUUGGUCUUAGCUGGCUACCGUGUCAUUGUUCCUGAUCAAAGAGGCUAUGGGGAUUCCUCGUCUCCAUCUGAUAUUCAAGAUUACACUCAAGACUGUCUGUGCAGGGAUCUAUCAGCUCUCCUAGAUUCCUUGAGUAUACCAAGAGCUGUUUUUGUUGGUCAUGAUUGGGGUGGUGCUAUUGUGUGGAAAAUGGCUCUCAGGUAUCCAGAACGCACAAGAGGUGUUGUUGGUGUGAAUACUGCUUACUUUCCUCCCAACCCUAAGAACAACCCACUGCAGAGAAUGUAUCAGAAACCAGGCAUGUUUGACUACCAGCUGUACUUCCAAACUCCAGGCGUGGCCGAAGCUGAACUAGAGAAGGACUUGGAGAAAACUUUGAAGUUAUUUUUCAGAGCUCCGGGGAAACGGGACCAUUACCCAGGAUCAGAGAAGAUUGGUGUUCAUAAUGUAAGAGAGAGAGGUGGUUUGUUAGUUGGUGUUCCCGAUGAUCUGUCUAGACCUUCGCUGCUUACUGAGAAAGAUUUGGCUUACUACGUCAAGCAGUACAAGACAUCAGGAUUCAGGGGUCCUCUGAACUGGUACCGGAAUGUUGAACAAAAUUGGAGAGAUUCCCUGAAAGACAUUGGCCGUAAGAUCCAUGCCCCGGCUCUGAUGGUUACAGCGGAGAAAGAUCGUGUCUUGACUCCAGAAAGUAGUAGAUAUAUGGAACCAUGGGUCCCUAAUCUGUCUCGUCUGCACAUCAAGGACUGUGGCCAUUGGACUCAGAUGGAAAAGCCCAGAGAAUUGAACGAUGGUCUCAUCACAUGGCUCAACGACAUCCAUGAAAAGGCUAAUGUUCAUGUAGAAUCUAGACUGUAAAUUACCAUAGCAACCUCAUGGAUCCAUGGCAACUCUGUAGCCAUGGCAACUUUGCGUCCAAGAUUUCAGUGGCAGUUGUAGGUAGGAGAUAAGUUUAAUAUAAAAUUAUCUAAAGUCAGAUUGAAAGAAAACUUUACUUGAUGAAGUAUUUUUUAGUGAAGAACAUAUUACUUGUUAGGCAAUAUGGUGCUUUUGUAAUUUAUAAUUGCAAUGCAAUCAAUAAUUAAAAAUGUGUAAAGAUUUACGAAGCAAAUAUAUCAAAGAUUUCAGGUAGUUUUGAUAUUUUGUUGAAUUUGUCAAUAUGUAAAAUUUGUAAUUUAAAAAAGUUCACUUUUUUUAUAAUGAAAUGAAAUGUAUGCAUUCUUUCAAAUGUUUAAAGUUUUUUUAACAGUACUAUAAAAUUAUGGAAAGGGAAAUUUUCUAUGGUAGAAAAAUAACUAGGUGCGAGUUGAAAAUAGUUUGGUGUUAUAUAUGAACACAUUUUUCAACAAAUUUUUCACAAUUUGUCACUGUUUUAAAAACAAAUUGUAGAUUUUGAUCAAUGUUAAUUUUUACGGCAUUUUUGAAUGACCUAUCAAAAUGCUGCAAAACAUUCUUGCAGAUUUAAGAUCUUUAAAUUGAUGACAAGGUAAAAGAGAGAAAGCCCUUUAAAAAGCAAGAAAAUAUGUGAAGGGUAAGGAAUUGAACAGUUGAAAGUUAAAAAUUGCAAAGUGUGGUAAUGGCACCAGUGUAUGAAACAUACUACUUAUUUUGUGGCAUAUGCACAAAGUUAAAAGCAAUUUGUUGAAAAAUACAUUUUUAAACUAUUCAAAUGUGUACCAAAGUGUGCCCAAUAAAAUAAAAUAUAAAUUGGUUUUAUCGCAA